ACUUGCUAUAAGACUAGUUAAUUUUUAUUGUAUCUUCGAAUCGAGUUUGAUAUACCACCGCAAUCAUGUCUGGAAGUGCAUAUGACAGACACAUUACCAUCUUCUCGGACUCGGGUCGUCUGUACCAAGUUGAAUAUGCCUUCAAGGCUAUCACCUCGGCCAACAUCACCUCGAUAGGUGUGAAGGGAAAGAACUGCGCCGUGGUUCUGUCCCAGAAGAAAGUUGCUGACAAAUUGAUCGACCCCUCCUCCGUUUCGUACAUUUUCAGACUUUCUCCGUCGGUGGGCUGUGUGAUGACUGGCUCCAUCGCCGAUGCGAGAGCCAGUGUUGACCGUGCUCGUGGUGAGGCGGCUGAAUUCCGAUACAAGUAUGGCUACGAGAUGCCCUGUGAUGUCCUCGCAAAGCGACUUGGCAAUAUCAAUCAGGUCUACACGCAAAGGGCUUACAUGCGUCCCCUCGGAGUUGCCACGACCCUGGUAUCCGUUGAUUCGGAGAAGGGUCCCCAGCUUUACAAGGUCGAUCCUGCCGGAUAUUAUAUCGGAUAUAAGGCGACUGCAUCUGGACCGAAGCAGCAAGAGGCGAUCACUUACUUGGAGAAGAAGCUGAAGAACAAGGAGUACGCCGACGGCAGCUGGGAGGAUGUGGUGGAGCUGGGAAUCACGGCUUUGAGUAAUGUGCUGAGUGUUGAUUUCAAGAAACACGAAUUGGAGAUUGGAAUCGUGGGAGGGCCACGAGCAGAUGGCCAGGAAGGGACAGACAUUGGUUUCCGGAGUUUGACGGAGGAGGAGAUCGACGAACGACUGCAGGCUAUCAGCGAGAAGGACUGAGCUGGGUUUCAUUGUUUUUUACUGGGAGCAUCCAUGUUGGUAGACGCAAACGAUCGAUGAACAUCAUUAUUUUUCUCUGAUGCCAUGAGCUGGCCUGUGUCUGACGAAACUCUAUUUCUCAUCCUGGUCGGUUGACUUGCUUUUUGCACCGCUGCUGUACUUGACAUCCAAAACCUGGAAAGCCCCCCUUGCAGCUACUGUAACCGGGGCUCCUGUAUCGGAAAGACCCGUCGCCUGUUCCUCCGGACUGGUGGCGAAUAUGGGGAUAGACAAGCACGGUGCGAUAAAGUAUGGUCUUUGCGAUCUGACAGGCUUAGAGAAGGAAGUUGCUUAUCUGCACGUUCUAUGCUGCAGCACUUGUUACUAAAGAAAGGAACGGCGGUACCGGGAUUAUCGAUGUAGAGCAAUGUCAGACGUCUACUGCUAUGAAGUA